GGAUCUGUUCCUACCAUUCUUAUCUCCGAAAGCACCCGCCUUCUUUUCCACUCUAUUUCUGACGUAAACUGUCCCUGUGCAUUCUUCCGUGUUUCGAUAAAUCAUGCACUCAAUCCGCCAAUCAGGUGUGCGAAGAGCUGGAGCUCCCUAAAUAUGGAAGAUAGCCCGGCAAAACUCCGUUGUGGUCGCAGGGGCUGAGAUCACACCCGGUGGAGGUGAUUCUUUCGACGACCUGGCAUGUGCAUAAAUACCGUGGAACUCCACAACAGCGUCCUGCCGUCCUGCCAUCCUCGCCAGUAACUAUCCUCAUGGCAAACGCAACUCAGCCUCCCGUUCAGUAUGUCCGCCUCGGCAACAGCGGGCUGCGUGUCUCUGUGCCUAUCGUAGGCUGCAUGAGCUUCGGCAGUCACGAAUGGAGCGAUUGGAUCCUCGAUGAGGACCAAGCCCUUCCGCUGUUGAAGGCCGCCUGGGAUCGUGGUGUGACAACCUUGGAUACGGCUAAUGUGUAUUCCAACGGCGAGUCCGAGAGGGUCAUUGCCAAAUUCCUCAAGAAGUACAACAUUCCUCGUUCGAAACUUGUGAUCUUGUCCAAGUGUUUCUUCCUCUGCGCGGACGGACAGCCUGGGUUGUUCACUGGAAAGCACCCGGACCUUAUCAACACCCGUGACUGGGUGAACCAAUCUGGCUUGAGCAGGGAAGCCAUCUUCAACCAAGUGGAAGGUUCCCUGAGGCGUCUGGAGACGGACUACAUCGAUCUUCUCCAAAUCCAUCGUUAUGACCCUAACACGCCUGUGGAGGAGACGAUGUGUGCGCUUAAUGACCUUGUGCGCUCGGGGAAGGUGCGCUAUAUCGGAGCCUCGUCUAUGUACGCAUGGCAGUUCAGCGAGUACAACCAUGUGGCCGAGAAGAACGGCUGGACACAGUUCAUCAGCAUGCAGAACCACUACCACCUGCUGUAUCGCGAGGAAGAGCGCGAGAUGAUCCCCUACUGCAAGUACAAGGGCAUCGGCCUCAUCCCAUGGGCGCCGCUCGCGGAAGGUCACUUGGCUCGCCCGCUGGACGUGGCACAACACGACGCGCAGAAGACGACCCGUACUGAGACGGCGGUGUUCAAGCGCACGCUGACCGACUCGGACAAGACCACCAUCUCUCGGGUCGAGGAGCUCGCAAAGCAGAAGGGUGUCAAGAUGGCCCAGAUCGCGAUUGCGUGGAUCAUGACCAAUGUGACUAGCCCGAUUAUCGGAAUGAGCAGCCCGAGCCGACUGGAGGACGCAAUCCCUGUUGGGAUUGAGCUGACCCCGGAGGAGAUCAAGUACCUCGAGGAGUCAUAUAGUCCCAAGCGCAUUGAGGGCCACGCGUAGAGAUACAGCACCUUCUACGAAAUGUACGGAUACAUGCAAAAAUGAAACAUGACACGGUUA